UUUCUCUUCGCUCUGAUUCUUCAGUGAGAUCCACGGUUGCCUCCCGUGCAAGUUACGCGACGAUUAACCGAUACACAUCCGUCGAUCGACCGAUCGAAAUCCUCCGCGUCUCGAACAGGAACGAAAACGACGAUCACGAAGUUCGCGAUCGAUCACGCGAUACCCGAACGAAUCCCUUCGGAAAGUUUAUACGUGUGCGAUUAAACUCCGGUAGAUUGAAGGUCGUGGAAAUAUUUUCCUCUUCCAAACCUUCCCCGUACUCACGGUUGCUCGCGAGCGCGUGCAUUUGUUGUACUAAAACGCCAGAAAAUUAGAUCUGCGAUUGGCAUAGCAAUUUGUUGUGCGUUGUUAAUUAACUGACUUUUCGUCGAACAUUGACAAGAAGUGUGUGUGCUUCAUUAAUAAAUAAAGAAGAUAAAAUAAAUUUUUUGUAUAUUGUAAAAAAAUAAAAUAAAAUAAAAUAAAAUAAAAUCUCAGGAAAAUUUGACGAAAAUUUAAUUGCGAAUUACGUAGUUUAUUACGUGCGCACGUUGUCUAUGAAACAUAUUUAAUUAAUAUCACUGCCUGCAGCGAUAUACAGACGCACACAAACAUACCACGCUCGUGCAUGUGUGCUAUCAUUUCGCGAGCAAAGCGGCUCGGCGUCUGUUUUUGCAAAUUACGAGCGGCGUGCUGGAACGCGCUGGAGAUGGAUCUUCCGCGAAAUUUGCCCGCAAUGUGAGACGUGUAUAACGUGGAACCCUGUAUAUGUGUGUGCAUAUCAUCUCCAUCAACUACAGACAAGAAAGAAAGUUAACUCCGAGUCUCCGCCGCGAGUUUUGACAGACUGCCAAGCUCGCGAGGUCGCGUUACGUAAGCGAUGUAACGCGGCGCGAACUUGGACUGCGCGCCACGAUACGAACGAGCGAACCGGCAGCUCGCCGUCUCGCGAUCGUGUCCGCUCUUCGUCGCCGAUCAUGUGAUCACGCAGCGAAUGCAACAACCCGAAUGUGGCAACUCGAGAACGCAUACUAUUGCACGCAGCUGCUAUAUUCGCGAGUGCUUGGAAAACGGGACUGCAGUUUUAACUCGGAGCUUAUCGCUAGGCGAACGGUUCAACGACGACGACUUUCAAUCAUGUAACCGGUUGCACAGUCUGCGUCUCUCAAAUCGUUUUGUGAACUCGACGAUCGUGUGGCCUCACGCAAAAAAUAGUGCCUGCAAUUUAUAUUUGCAACAUUUAAUCAGUAUCAGGGAAGAAACCACAUGCUUAAAACGAAAAUAGUGUUUGUUUUUAUUAAACAAGAAAAAUAAUUUUCGUCAAGAGAAUAAAACGUUAUCGGACAAUCAUCGUGAACGCGGUUGGGCGAAAAACGAGACAACGAUCAGUCUGUCUCGAGGGCUCAUAAAAUUGACCGGGACAAGGCAAAGCCUGUUUAAAAGAAAUUCAACCCGGACGGCGAACCCGUUUGGGACGAAAAAUUAAUCAGAACGAUCAAGCGAGCGAGCGAGCGAGCGAGUGGAGCGGGUUUUCCAGCAGAUUAUUUAAGCGAACGGUGAAGAAACCGGGACCAUGAAGAACGCUCAUCCGAUCGUUCGCGCGACGACUUCCAGUCCGGUUGGUCCGGAUUCCACGGGCCUCAGCGAAUCGGCGGAGCCGAUCAUCCGGUUGAAGCUGCAGAAACCGCUGCAUUGGGAGUGGGAACUGACGACGUCCGCCGACGCGUUGCCUGUCAUCCAACUGCUCGACAAGGACGGUCGGCUUCUGGUGGAGACAACAGGGCGAACGGCGCAACGAGCCAGAGGUUCUUUCAAGGAAGGUCUGAAAACUCACGAGCAAUUCCCCAUCGACGAGUCAAGAGCCAGCUCAAAGAGCAAGGAACCGACAUCGUCCGCGUCAACGUCUUCCACUUCCGCGUCGUUCAUUGUGACACCGUUUCAGAGAAAUCGUAAUAUCGACGGCUUUAGCAGCAAAUUCGGCACGUGCAACUUUGCGCCGCGAAAGUCACGAAGCGAAGUUUGUAUUAAGGAGGAACGAAGCAAGAAAAAGAGACACUCGUCCGCCACUCGUUUGUCAGAAGAUACAACAGCGAAGACAAAGAUCGAGAGGAACGUUAAGGAAUUAACGUCAGGAGUCAAGACAUAUUCUGCCGGUGAUUAUCUUCGGCAACAGAUCAUGAACGAUUUAUGUACGCGCAGCACAAUUGGCAAGACUCCUGAAGAAGUCGCUAAGGACAGAUGUAGAAAAGUUAAAGCGUAUCUGAGAAGUCAGAGCGAGACAUUGUUGAGCUUAGUUCGCGAGGAAGAAAGCGGCGGAGAUGAAACGAAGAAUGGUAAAUUCAAACCGAAUGAGAAAUAUUCAAGAAGUCGCAGUUUGAUGAGAAACGACACCGUCAAUUUCGAAGAGAAGAGUUCAAGCGAAGAAACGACACAAUCGAGAAACACUAUAAUUUCGGUAGAAAACUCGGCGAAAGAGACUUCUACGUUGAACGCAGAGGAUAAAGUAAUUCGUAAGAUAAAGUAUGACAUGUCCGAGAAGGAGUUGGCGAAGAUCAGAACAUUUCUACGCGAGAAGAUACAGCAGCGAAUGAAUAUGGAACAGGCGCGUUGUAGAUCGGCAGUUUGCGCUGACGUUUCGGAAACUGUCGAUAAUAGAAUUAGAAAGAGAUAUUCGGACUAUAGUCACGAGAACAAUCGGAAGAACUACAGGACACGGAAGGUGCGCAGCGAGACAAGUAUUUUGCGAUUCGAUCCUGAAGUACUCGAGAAGGAGAAGUCGUGCAAACAAUUUGAAGAGAAAGAAAAAAGCUGCAAAGAAUUCCCAGAUGCUUUCCAGCUCAAAAGACGUACGUAUAGGCGAUCGAGAAGCGAAGCUCUGGUUGAAGCUGCGGAACUGGAUGAUCGGCCAAAGCCGCAGUUGAAGAGGGAAUCGUCGAACGCGGACAGAAGGAAACUCUAUCGAAAAACAAAAAGCGACGUUUUGCUCGGACAAGCAGCGGCGACGGCAAUCAGUACGGACAGUUGCAAGGACGUGGCAAAUCUCCCGAGACGUAUGAAGAGCCAAGAGAAUGUGGAAAGGUCCUGGAGAGAAUACAAAGAGCGGAAGAGAAGCGAACGGUUUCACAGAGAAUCGGAGAGAGAAGUACCAGAAGAGGACGACUUUAUGAGUAAACCGAGAUGGAAGGAUCUGCAACGCGAUCUAUGCUCGUCGCGCAACUGCAAGAUCUGUCAAAACUUAAGAAACUGUGUAAAUCCGUUUAACGAACAGAACGAGAAGUUCCAUCAAGAAAAUGAAAAAUCGACGAUGAGAAAGGAAACCGAUAUGAAAGAUGAUGAGACUUCAUCGGCGAACGACAGCAGACCUGGCACCAGCUUGCAAGAGAAUUACUUGCUUGUUGAAGAGAAGAACAAGGACAGGUGUCUAUCGCCGAUAAUCGGCAAGAUUCAAGUGAGAAAUCGCAAUGACGUCGGCAGCGUAUCCGCGUUGAGCAUCAAUUCUCCGGACUUCGGCUACAACUCGAUCCCGUCAAAGAGUACUUUCAAGGACUACCGGGAGCUGUACGCUCGCUCGAACGUAAAGAAAAGCGACACUUUCAAGAUCGUCGAUGGAAGCGAGAAUCUGGAGGAAUGCACGAACGACUACGACUCGAAGAUAAAUGGCGGCGAUGGUUCCGACAGCGAUCUCGGAUACUUAAACGCCGAGCUGGCGAAUAAAUCGAACGAAGAUAUCACCAAAGAUUAUUUCAAAAGAGUUUACGAACUGCUCAAGAAGAGACAAGAAGAGAUGCGACAAUCGGUAGACGGAAACCGCGAGUAUCCAGAUCAGGAUGACUCUUCGUCCUCGAAUUACGUCGAGGAAAUGCAAAAGAAGAGACAGCGGCGCAGAAAGAAGGACAAAAAUUCACAAGGUGAGGAAGUGGUGACUGUGCCAUCCACCAGCAGCGGUCAGGACAACUGGAAAGUACAGAGGUUGUCCGUAAAUAAAGAGUCGCCGCAAACAAGCAAUCGUCGUCGUGGCUACAAUCGGCCUCAGUUACAACCGAUUGUUUCCGGUGGUAAGAGGAAUCGGCCGGCGUUAUUAUCACCGCCGAUAUUCGACAGAGUUAAUGCCAAGGACCAAGUAGAUAGAUAUUUUGAUUGGCCGAAUAAGGAGAACACUCCUGGAAAUGCCGUGAUUCAUCACGAGGACGACCAAACGAAUCAAGUUCAGACGACCGAACAGACAAUGGGCUCAAAUCUGAGCAGACAUAACGGUAAGGGCCUAACUGGCCGGCGCACUCAGUCUUCCGGUAACCUGUGUGAUCCCAAGGGAAAACUGAACACUAUGGGAAAGAUACUAGUGCCUUGCUCCAGCGCGCAGAAAGAAAGGUACAAAUUUUGUGGCUCGCUGCCAAAUCACCUGGACGAUAAGGACGUGCUGGAUGAUGAUGAGCGAGAUAACAAUAACAUCAUGUCCGAUACUAUUGACGGCAGCUUCGGCGGCACGUUGCCGCACAAAAAACGUUCAUUAGGGGUGCAUUUUUCGGACAGCGGACCGACCGGUACUUUGGAUCUCGUUAAGCAUCGAUCGCAAGAUUCCUUGGACGAGAAUGAUCCUUGGAGGUAUCAACAGAGCGACCUCGAUCUGGUGCGAUGUCGUCACGGCAACUUCGACUCGGUCAAGAGAAAUCGCAGCGCCGAUACGGUGCUCGUCGAUUCUGGCAGUCGAUACGGUCGCAGCAACGUGUCCUUGGAGAACAGAUGCCACCGAAACUCGGAUCUCGAUCUUGUCGGCACUUUGCCGAAGCGUAAGCAAGACACGAGAAACAACAGCAGCAAGAGUCUCGAGUCGAACUCGUCGUCCUCGCAGCCGUGUAUAAUAAAUGCAACCGAUAUGGACGACGAUCUGCUGAUGAAGAUACACAAGCCCGACUGCGAGCUGAUUAAGCAUCGGCAGCAGUUUGGCAAGUGCGUUGAUUUAAAGCUGAACAAAUUGGUGAGCGGUGAACCGCAGGAUCAAGGGUACGCGUCCGAACGUUCGCCCGAGGACGAACAUCCACCGUCGUUGCCGGAACAACCGUUUCCAAAUGUGACAUCCGAGAGUACAUUCCGAGUAACGCUGCAGAAAAGCAGUCGCGGUCUCGGUCUAAGUCUUUCCGGUGGCGGUACUGCAGGACCCGUCAGAGUGAAGAGGCUCUUCCCCCAACAACCCGCCGCCUUGUCCAAUAAACUUCAAACUGGCGACAUACUAUUGGCUGCUAAUGGAAUCCCGCUGACCGGUCUCACAAAUUACGAGGCUCUCGAAGUUCUGCGUACGACGCCCAGUACGGUCGAGUUGGUGGUGUGUCGGCUUCCAGGAGAUAGUAAUGUAACGCCACCGGGUGCGCCACCGCCACCUCCGGCAAGACGAGAACCGCGUUUACUCAACCCCUUGCCACCCCUGCAGAUCGAACCCUGCGGUGAGUUUGACAUCGAGAUGACAAAAGUUGGCGGCAGUCUUGGCUUUACUCUGAGGAAAGCGGAUAGCAGUGCUUUGGGCCAUUAUGUACGGGCUUUAGUGCGCGAGCCGGCACUGAGCGACGGCAGAAUACGACCAGGUGACAAAAUCGUCGCAGUGGAUGGAGCACCUUUGUCGCCGAUGAGUCACGAAGAAGCCGUCCAGUUGCUGCGACAAUGCGGGCCGACGGUGAAGUUGCGACUGUACCGCGAUUUGGCGCAAACCCCAGUUUCGGCGCUCUCGCCUACCGAGCCCGAUCAUCCUCUCCGUCCUCCACGAACAAGUUUGAGACAAGAAGCUGUGGAUAUGCUGUGUGACUUAGCAGUCCGAAAGCUAUCACCUGGCGCAUCGAGUGGUUCUAGUAGUUGCAAACAACAAUCCCCUGGUGCAUCAUGUAACUCGCCACGAAGACUGCGUCGACUCGCUACACGUACUCCUUCUGCUGAGACUGUACAAGAAAUUCCUGAGGACAAGCUGUGCGACAUGCAAACAACGUCGUCGACGGCCAGCCAGGCGGAGACCGCAUCGGAUUCGGAUCAAUGCUCCGUCCGAACGCAGAUCACCAAAUCUCAGGCAAACACAUCUGCAAACGACAUAAUCGACCCGCCGCCACUUUACGAUGUCUGCGACGAGGAGAACGAUGAUGACAAGUUACAGUCAAAGUCAACGUCCAACAAUCUGACAGCGGCCAGACCGAGUUUCCUUGAUUUGUCGGCACCACAAGGCAAGCCGCACUUCCAAUUUUGUAGCGUCGAUUCGGACACCGAGUAUCCCAAUAACGGAGACUUGAUCCUCGCCGAAACAGAACGAGGCCGACUGGCUGAACCGAGCUACGGCGACGACAAAAGCGUGACAAUAAUGUCGAGUGACGAGCACGACAACGACUUGCCGUCCGAACCGGCUUCAAUGCCGCCGGUACUUUCAUCUGCUAGCAGCAGCAGUACCACAGCCUUCAGCUACAAGAAUCCAGCUUAUCAGAGCGCCAAUCCGGCUUGCAGCAGCAGCAACAGCGAUCCGACUGCAUCCAAAAGCAAAGUCACACACUCCAGCGAUCAAGACAUACCAGGAAAGGUCUUGGGAACAGACGAUCCUGGUGGCAGUAAAGGGUUGUUGAAGUGGAAGGGUGUGAUGUUUGCUCCGAAUGACGAAGUGGAAGAUCAAGACGCGGAAUACGAUCAAGAAGAUACUGGAAAAGAUACCACUGAUUCAGUAGCUCCUACAAAAGAUCAUGAACAAGGCAGUGAGGUGUUCAUGGUAGAACUGACGCGAGGGUGGAACAGCCGGUUGGGAUUCAGCCUGCAACCGGAAGGGAAACGUACGGUGAUAUCGGUCGUACACCCAGAUAGCGUCGCAGCCAAGGAUGGCAGAUUAAAGCAGGGUGACGUGUUGUUGAUGGUUAAUGAAGAAAGUGUGGAACACAUGUCGACGGCAGACAUAAUAGAUCUGCUGCGCAAGAUACGGGGCUCAAUAGGUAUCACAGUGAUGAGAAGAUCCAAACGGGAGAAUGUAACGUGACACUAGUCCAGUGCGUGAUUUAAAUAGGAAAUCAAUAAAAAUAAUGUUCUAAUCAGCAUCUUCCUUAUUAAGAACAAUAGUGGAUCUUAUGCAGUUAUUACAUACAGAAAUUUACUAUAAAAUCAAACGUAGAGGCGCUGAUUUUUUUUUUUUUUCAACAAAAUCUCGUUAUUAAGAUAACAAUAGAAAAUUAAAAAGCGUGAUUUUGUAAUGUGAUUAGAGAUAAAAGACACGAUGAUAUAACAAGUGUCAUCAAUCAGUGGAUUUAUCAAGAAUUGGAAGAAAAAACGAAUCACUCACUGUCAAUGGCGAAAAAUCAUCUUCACAAGAGACCUAUCUUCACAAGAUAAUCUUAUUCUACGAGAAAAAAGCAGUGCGGACGCGCGGCGCGCGCUUCCAGCUGGAUAAGGGAAUUUUCUUUUUAGUAUUGUAUUCGAUCACAAAAGACUAUUAUCGAGAAGAAUGACACGGUAAAAACUCGCAAAUGUUCUGACAUAUUCGAAAUUCUGAAAUAUUUGAAAAUAUAAGAAUCUACUCUUUAUUCUGAAAGUUAAACACUAUAUUUGAUAGUAAGAUAAUUGAGAGAUGCGUGAAUUGUCAGGUCCGAUUUCAUGAAUUCCCAGUUUGUCGACGUAAUUUACAUUUUAAAUUGAUAUUAUUUCUCUCUAGUUGAAAUCGCAAUAUGUUUGAACGUGAUAAUUUAUUAGCUGUCAUUUCUAAAGGACAUCUGACAUAUCAAUCGCAAAUUGCGUAAUAUGUAAUUGUAGAAUAAUCGAAACACACUCUAAUUUUGAAGGCUCAGGUCUAUGCAUUCCUUGGAUGAAUUUGAGAAUCAAAAGAUCAAUCAAAAUAUAAUUACAGAAGACAACAUUGCAAAACGAGAUUUGGUUCAUUUACAAUUAUAGCCUCAAAACAUAAAGUAUUAAUAUUAAUUACCCCUCGCAUGAGAAAACGAUCUCGAUCAUUUAUACAAAGCUGCGAUAUACUAUGUGUGUGUGUGUGUGUUCGCGCGCGUAUAGUGUAAAGAUGUUAUAUUUAAAAGUUCAUUAGCAUAAAAAGAAUUCUUGCCUGAGAGUUUGUACAUAGUAGGUACAUUUUACAUAUUGCACAUACGUCCUUUAUUAUACAUGCAUUACUUCAUAUUUUUAUUUUGUGAAAAAUAAACUUUAUUUCGAAGGGGCUUGACAUAUAUUAGCGUGCGAAUUAAUUAAUAAUAUAAUAUAUAAAAAUGAUACAUAAAAAUAAUAAAUAUAAUAAAUUCCUAAUAAUAAAUGUAAAUAUUAACUUUAUAUAAUAAAAUUCGUCGUGCUAUAAACUUUACAUUUUAGCUUUGUCCAUUUGUAAUUAACAGCAGUCGUUGAUGUUCUACUUAAAAUAUAUUGUGAUAGAAAAAGAACUCACUAGAGAAAUCUUUAUUUAAAUAAAACAGAUAAUCUAUUUUCAAAACUUUUUUCUUAAUUAAGUAGAAGAGAAUUGGCCUUUUACAAUUGCCUACCUUUUGCCUUGAUAUAAUAUCGCGUUUUUUCGAGGCUGUUACCUUUAAACUCUUAGUGAAAUGAUAGUCGUUGAGAAUUAUAGAGAAAGAGAGAGCGCUUGUAAAUAAAUUAUAGAAUGAGAGCAUCAGAAUAUUUUAAAAUGUUAUAAGAUGUA